CUCUCAAUAUAACACACUAUAUGAGAUAUGACUAUUGAUCGACUCACCAAGCGCAUACAAAAAAUAUCCUAUUAUUACCUAUCAAGAAACAUAGACCUCUCGUAGGCGCAAGCGCCAUUUCCUGUCUGCACGCAGCGUCUAAUAAUCCAUUCAGUAGCAUUUGCACUUGCGUCGAGUGAUCAUGGUCACUGGCAAACGUGUACAACCCGCGGUCUCGCAGCAGGAUGCGAGUGAUUAUAGUCUUCAGUUGAAUCGUUGGUUCCUGAAGUCAGUAGGUGCUUGGCCGAGAUCAGCCACUACAACAGUCGGAGAAAAAGUGCGGUCAACGAUACAAAUAUUUAUUUGCUAUUCCCUGAUAGCCUUUGCAGUUGUGCCGUGCAUCUUGAACAUUCUGUUCGAGGAGACCGACGUUCAUAUGAAAUUGAAAGCCGUGGGGCCAUUGAGUCAUUGGUGCAUGGGUGGCAUGAAUUACUUUUCGUUAUUGUUUCGUAGUCGCGAAAUACAUCGUUGCAUGCAGCAUAUGAAAACUGAUUGGCGAACAGUGACGGAAUUCGAAGACCGACAAGUAAUGCUAAAAUACGCCAAGUUUGGCAGGUUUGUCGCUGGUUUGUGUGCAGUUUUUAUGCACAGCGGCGUAUUCUCCCAUAGCCUUCUGCAAGGUAUCACGCCAACGAUUGCCUAUAUUGGCAACAAAAGUGUGAUGGUACAUGUGCUACCAUGUCCCUCUUACAGCAAAUUUGUGGAUAUUAGAUAUAGUCCAGAAGGCGAAAUCGCGUUAGUAUUGCAACUCAUAUCUAGCAUCGUUGUCAAUUCCGUGACAGUUAGCGCUUGUAGUCUCGCGGCAGUAUUUGCGAUGCAUGCGUGCGGUCAAUUGAGUGUGCUGAUGAGAUGGUUGGAUCGCUUGGUGUAUGAUCAAAAACAGUUUGACACGGUUCAACGUCGAUUGGCAAUAAUUGUGGAACACCAUUUAAGAGUACUACGUUUCGUAGCACGUAUGGAGGCGCUCUUGAAUCAAAUAUGUUUCGUGGAGUUGUUAGGAUGUACGUUUAACUUAUGUAUGCUCGGAUAUUACACCAUUACGGGAUGGAAUGUAAUAGAAAAACAAACAUCAAUCGCUUAUAUGAUUAUAUACGUGUCCAUGUCUUUCAACAUUUUUAUAUUUUGUUACAUCGGUGAAGUACUUACUGAACAGUGUAAACAAAUAGGCGAAACAGCCUACAUGACUGAAUGGUACCGUUUGCCCCAUAAAACGGCUCUUGGUUUGAUAUUGAUUAUUUCCCGAUCAAGUAUGGUGAUUAAAUUAACCGCAGGAAAAUUGGUCCAUCUUUCUAUUGCCACUUUCGGUGAUGUGAUGAAGACCUCAAUGGUAUAUUUAAACAUGCUUCGGACAAUGACGACUUAAACAAUUACACUAUUUUAUAUAAAAUAUUAGUACAAACUUUCUAGUUGUCAUAAUUCUUUAGAAAUAUAUAUUGUAUUUAAAUAUAUAUAUUGUAUUUAAAUAAAAAUAUAUAGA